AUGACACUGCGAGGACAGCAUUUCAGUAUAGACGACUUUGACGCGCAGAAUUCACCCGAGGUUGCCAGUGCACCUCAAGUUUUCAAUCCAUUCAAUUUUGUCGCCGACGUCCAGGAACGCAAGCCAACAGCCGCACCUACGCCGCCGCAACCACCUGUCUUCAAGAACUCUCCAGGUGGCUUUCCUGCCCAUCGCAAGCGCAACGUCCAGUCUAAGUUCAAGAAGAGUAGACAACAAGAUGCAGAUCCUAUUGCGCCAACACCACAGCCCCAGAAUAACGUCCUAGACGAUGACGAUGACGAUUUCAUGACCACCGAGAGGCGGCGUAUAGAUGAGGAGAAUCGCCAAAGAAUCGCCGAGAUGUCGCCCGAAGAGAUCGAGGAAGAGCGAAGGGAACUUCUCUCAUCAUUGGAUCCUUCUCUGAUCCAACGCUUGCUGGGUCGCGCAACAAUCGAAGAAGGUGGAAGUAACGAGGACUUCCCUGGCCUGCAAGAGAGGGUAGAGGAAACGAAGCAGGAAGUCAAGGCACAACCGGAAGCGAUGAAGCCCCGCAAGACUGUCAAGUUUGCUGAGGUGGAAGAUGACUCAGUAGACGCAAAGGUUGGAAGUGGUGCUCGCAACGGAAGUGAGACACCUGCAAAACAACAGAAACAUGACAAUCCUGGUCAUGAGGCAGCAGCAGAAGUUGCUCUUCCAACAGACUCGACCAUCCACUUCCCGCGACCUCCUCAACCACCGUCACUCGACCCUUCAGACCCGAACUUCCUCGAAGACUUGCAUGAGAAGUACUUCCCGGAUUUGCCAGCUGAUCCAGAGAAGUUGGAAUGGAUGACUUCUUCGCCAUCAAAUGCAUAUUCCGCGACCCAGACGUCCCUCGACCCAAAAGACAUCCGUUUUGCCUUCACUGGUGCAUUGAUUCCUCCAAGUCUUGCAGCAGAGAUUCCGGUCACAUUGGGUCUGCAUCAUCAUGGCGAUGCUCCUGACGCUGCGGGUUAUACGAUACCAGAAUUGGCCAUGUUAGCUAGGUCCAGUGUGCCUGCUCAACGAUGUGUCGCUUUCCAGACGCUAGGUCGCGUUCUGUACAGACUUGGCAAAGGCGAAUUUGGUGAUCCAGGAGAGGAGGGUCAAGGCACGGUCGGAGCCAAAGACACGCUUGGAGAACUGGCAAGAGGAUUGUGGUUCGAAGUCAAGAAAGAGAGCGUACUCGAAAUCUGUCUGGCUGAGAGUGAGGGAAGAGGAGCUGCUGGAGGAAGGCAUAUGGGCGCAAAGUCUUAUGCCACGGAAGCUGUCUGGCUUUGGCAGCAGGGUGGUGGUCGCCGGUGGAAGGCCGAGUAG